CGGAGGCCGCUAUAUAUAGCCCCUCCACCCCCGACCCAUUGCUCCACACACACACGCGCGAGCCUCACAUUCUCUGAUCAGAGUAGCACUAGCUUCAGCUAGCCAGCCUCUGCCACUCCGGUCAUUUUCUUGCAUCCACGACGGCAAUGGCCACCGCUGAUGUCCAGAACCCGACGGCCGCGCUGACGGAGGAGGCGCCCGCGGUGGAGACGCCCGUCGCCGCCGAGGAGGUUGCUAAGACAGAGGAGGUCCCCGCGCCGGUGGAGGCCGAAGUCGAGGCGCCUGCCCCCGUCGAGGUUGAGGCGACCAAGGAGGAGGCACCGGCCGCCGCCGAGACGGAGGAGACCAAGGAGCCCGAGCCAGCAGCUGCUGCCGAGCCGGAGGCCGAGACGCCGAAAGAGCCAGCCGUGGUCGAGACAGAGACCAAGGAGGCGGUGGCAGAGGCCGAGCCGGCGGUGGCAGAGGAGGUGAAGGAGGAGGCGGCGCCUGCUGCCGAGCCGGAGGUGGCGGCCGUCGCCGAGGAAGCACCUGCUGCUGCGGAGGAGGAGCCGGCCGCCGCGGUGGCCAGCGUCAGCGUGUGAGGCGCGCGGUGGAGGGCAACUGGCUGGGUCAGCGUCCACGACGGCGGCCGUGUGCUCCUACGUGGCAACGGCGUGAUGCUGAGUCAGCCAGUGGAGUGGACUGGAGUGCUACUUUUUACUACGAGUACUAGGUGUGGAGUGGAGUGGAGUGCUAUGCGCGGGGUCGCGUGACGUGGCCUAAAUAAAAGUGUUGUCGGUCAGCAUCGAGCGAGCGACGCAGUGCCACUCUAGAUAAUGUGUGCUUUUUAUUUUGUCGACAAGACAUGAUUCAUUAUUUCUA